GCCCCGUUUCCCUUAGGCACAUCGUCUGCACUUCACAUUCACAACAUGAUGGCAGCACGUCUGGGCUCAACACGCCUGGCCGGGUCACUCCUCGCCCUCCGCCGCGCCCCCAGGCUGCCCCGGGGGACGCUGGCGGCGCUCACCCACGGCCCCGCAGCGCUCCACCAGGCACAACCUGCAGGUGUGGCCGGUAGUCUGUGCCGUAGCCUCCAUACCUCCCCUCACUGGGCACAAGAAGCAGCACAGACCUCGGGGCAACCUGAGAGCUACGAGUUUCAAGCUGAGACACGCAUGCUGCUGGACAUCGUGGCCAAGUCCCUCUACUCGGAGAAAGAAGUGUUCAUCCGAGAGCUGAUCUCCAACGCUUCUGAUGCUAUUGAAAAGGCUCGCUACCUGUCCCUCCAAGGCAAAGAGAUGGACUCCUCCGAGGCAGACAUGAAGAUCCACAUCACCACCGACAAGUACGACAAGACCUUCACCAUCCAAGACUCCGGCAUCGGCAUGACCAAGGAGGAACUCAUGCAGAACCUCGGCACAAUAGCUCGUUCAGGCUCCAAAGACUUUAUCAAGCAGCUGCAGGAGGCUGGCGGGUCAGACCCUCAAAGCAUCAUUGGUCAGUUUGGUGUGGGAUUCUAUUCUGCCUUCAUGGUGGCGGAGAAGCUGGAGGUGUACACGCGCUCACGUCUCCCGGGCAGCGUGGGCUACUGCUGGACCUCAGAUGGGUGUGGUAAAUACACCAUUGAAGAGUGUGAGGGCGUGGAGCCUGGGACCAAGAUCAUUUGCCACCUCAAAAUUGCCGACAGAGAGUAUGCUGAUGAACAGAGUGUCAAAGACGUGAUCAAGAAGUACAGCAGCUUUGUCAACUCUCCGAUCGAGGUUAACGGGGAGCAGGCCAACAACAUCGAGCCCAUAUGGUUGAUGGACCCCAAGGAAGUGUCCCCACAGCAGCACGACGAGUUCUACCGGUUUGUGGGCUCAGCGUACGACAAGCCGCGCUUCACCCUGCACUACCGCACAGACGCCCCCAUCGACCUGCGCUGUGUUCUCUAUGUCCCGGAGGGCAAACCAGGUCUUUUUGACCUUAAUCGCGAUGGAGACAGCUCAGUGGCUCUGUACUGCCGCCGCGUCCUCAUCAUGAACAAGGCUGGGAACGUCCUUCCAAAGUGGCUCAGGUUUAUGAAAGGUGUCGUGGACAGCGAGGACAUUCCUCUCAACCUGAGCCGUGAGUUGCUCCAGGACUCUGCUCUCAUCCGCAGGCUGCGCACAGUCAUUCAGAACAGAGUCAUUCGCUUCCUCUUUGACAAGUUACGCAAGGACACUGAAAGUUACAACAAGUUCUUUGUAGACUAUGGAAUUUUCAUAAAGGAAGGUAUAUUGUCAGCACAGGAGCAGAUGGAGAAAGAGGAGAUGGCCAAGCUGUUGGUAUACGAGUCCUCAGCCAAGCCUGCCGGGGAGAGGAUUGCCCUGCCAGAGUACAUCAGCCGCAUGGAGGCCGAACAGAAGGACAUCUACUAUCUUGCAGCACCCUCGAGGGAGCUGGCCGAAUCAUCGCCCUACUUUGAGGAUCUGAAGAAAAAGAAUGUGGAGGUACUAUUCUGCUAUGAGCCAUAUGAUGAGGUGGUUCUGAUGCAGCUUAGGGAGUUCAGCGACAAGAAAAUCAUCUCUGUUGAAAAGCAAAUGCGCCAAAACAAGGAUUCUGUCGAUUUUGAAGGGAACGAGGGAGGUCUGCGGCGAACAGAGGCUAACGAGUUGAUGGACUGGCUGAAGCAAGUUCUGUCGGGGCGGUGCUGGGGCGUGAAGGCCACACCCCGCCUGGAGAGCCAUCCGUGCGUGGUGACAGUGGAGGAGAUGGGAGCUGCCCGACACUUUGUACGCACACAGUUCUCACAGAUCCCUGAGGAAACCCGUUACUCCCUACUCCAGCCACAGCUUGAGAUCAACCCCAGCCACCCCAUCAUUGUGAAGCUGAAUGGCCUGCGCAGCAGCAACCCGCGCCUGGCUGAGCUGACAGCCAAGCAGCUGUUCAGCAAUGCCAUGGUCGUGGCCGGCCUGGUGGAGGACCCCCGCACGGUGCUCACCACCAUGAAUGAACUCCUUGAGCUGGCCCUUGAGAAGCACUGAGCUCGCCGCUGCCACCACGAGUGGAUGCAAUCUUAUAUACUCAAGAGUUCCAUCUAUAGCUAUGAUAUUUUAAGAAAUCAUCGCUGGGAAAGUUGAUAUAAUAAAAUGCUGUUAUACUGUUUUAAGAUGUGGUAUGUGGACCGAGAAUCAUAGCGAGUUGAUUAAUCAGUUGUCUACAGAAAUCUCCAAGCCAAAGAUAUAAGGCAUUACAUAUCUGGUUAUUUAGAUAUAAAAAAGUGUGCAAGAUAAUAAUAUUGUAGAAGCAAAAAAAGACUGAAUUACAAAGUUAUUGUAAUUAGCAAAAAAAUUGAGAAGUUAAAUAAUAAUCAUGCAAAACAAGCAUAAAGUUGGGAGAUAUCUUAGAAAGGAAAAUGGUCAAAGAGUAUUAUUACAAGAGACAGGACAAAGAAUAUAAAGGGGAUAGUAACCAGUUUUGAAGAAAUUCAAGGUUUUUCUGAGCAUAGAAACACCUAGUUGUGAUGAAAAUGCAUUAUAAUGGUGUACUGUGUACUAUAGAUAUAUGAAGCAGUUGUCACUGGAGAUGAUAAAUGCAAAGUCUGAUGGUGAGCAUGAAUGAAAGAAUAACUGGAAAAUAGAAAUCAUGGCAUGACAGUAGUUAGGAGGAAAAGAGGUGAAAAGAUCAUUCAACCCUGGAGAGCAGCUGACGAAUGUACCUGCUGAGGGAUAUUUUGUUGAGUGUCUGAAGAUGUUCUGUAAAAUAGUUGUUCCCACAGUCCCUUGCACCUAUGUGAUACAUAUGAAAAUGCUGGGGCUAAUUGGGCAUUCAUUUCCGUGUGAAAUAUUUUGUUUUGUUUUAUAUAAAUUGAAUCCAUAUACUAUUUUGAAAUUCUUUGUAAUAAAAGUGUACAUAAU